CCUUUACAAGGCUUAUAAAGGUUGGAUUCAUGUCCGUAUGCCUUUACUUAGUUGAGAAAAAUAUUGGCCAGUUGUGGAAACUUUUGUGAAUUUGGAUUUCGAAUGUGACGGUUUGUGUUGUUUUGUGUUUAUGGAUACUACUGUGCAUUGGAUGUAUUUAGAUUCGUAUCCGGCUGUCCACAGAAAUGGACGAAAGAAAUCCUUGGAACAGUUCCAAAAACUACGAGCAACGGGACAAAAAUAAAAUCCAUAUUUUUGGUUAUACGAAAAUAAACCAACUUUUUGUGGAAUUUUAGAAAGUUCAGCUUGAAAAUGGAACAUUUUCCGAAUCCGAGUGUUCUUAUUUUGAAAAUGGAUUCAAGUUUAUAUCGAAAAUUGAAUUGUCUCGUGUGAAACGAAAAUCGUGAACGAUAAACUAUGUCGAGUUAAAAAAACUGAAGUAAACAGUGAUGGAAAAAAAUAUUAACAUUGAAGUGCGACGAAAUUUUAGUUAAAAAAAAAUUAAGUUUUGCGAUUCGAUGUGUUCGGCGUCUGGUGGUUUGAAAAAUGGUACGGACUUGACUGUGCUGUGGAGAUGGCUAAGGAUCGGGAUCUGUGUGUUAUGGUGGUAGUGUUACUUGCUCUGGUGCAGAGAAGCUUGGAGAUCACGGAUGCUGGUAUCAUCCAGGUCUGGUCUGCGCCAGGCGGGGUGACCAGACUGCCCUGCAACCUCGCGGCGCCGUCCAGAGACGUGGCCAUGAUGUUGUGGUUCAAAGAUGGCGAUCGGAUGCCUAUAUACACGUAAGUGAUAUUGUUGUAUAAGCAGUUUCAAGUAUCCAGGUCUGGUCUGCGCCAGGCGGAGUGACCAGACUGCCCUGCAACCUCGCGGCGCCGUCCAGAGACGUGGCCAUGAUGUUGUGGUUCAAAGAUGGCGAUCGGAUGCCUAUAUACACAGUGGACUUCAGGAACGGCCCACCGGUCCACUGGGCCGUCGCCGGUGAGUUUGGAGCACGAACCCACUUCGUGCUCAACGAGUCUGACACGUCAUCAGCUCAUCUGGCGGUGGAGAAGGUGGCUCACAGGGAUGAAGGCGUCUAUAGAUGUCGGAUAGACUAUGUGGACUCGCCUACUAGGAAUUAUAGGGUCAAUUUGACUGUUAUCGUUCCUCCUGAAUCGCCAAGAAUUUACGACUCUGAGGGUCGUGAGAUUCUUGGCACAGUGGCAGGAACGUUCAGGGAAGGACAGGAUCUACUCUUGUCUUGCCAAGCUUCAGGUGGUAAACCGCCACCAGACGUAUCUUGGUACCGAGGAGAAGAGCGCCUGGCCUACACGAAGGAAGGCUCAGUCUGCCAGCUACUCCUGCCAGAGCUGACGAGGGAGAUGGCCGGCACGAGGUUCCAGUGUCGGGUGGAGCCUCCGCUUCUGAAAGCGGUGUAUAGAGAUGUUACACUUAAGUUAUUUUUAAAGCCACAGUUCGUCAGGGUGACGGGCAAUGGCAUCAGCAGAGCUGGACAUGACCGAGCGUUCGUUUGUACCACGCGAGGGUCGAAGCCAGCUCCCAAUAUUGACUGGUUCAUCAACUCACAGAAGAUUGACUCCACGUUAACAGAGGUGGAUGUUGAUGGCGAGGUGACAAAGAGCAUCCUAACCUGGAGAAUAAGAAGGGAAGACAGCGGAAGACAGCUGGUCUGUCGAGUCUCCAACCCGUGGUUCCCGGCGUACACGCUGGAAGACUCGGUGGUGUUGGAUGUUAUGUAUCCACCCGUGGCUCAGAUAUCAUUGUUGGAGCCGAGAGAAGCUCGUCUGCUCCGUGAGGACGAGAAUGCCGAGUUGCUGUGUUCUGCCGACGCUUCACCAGCACCAGACAACUUCACCUUCUAUAAAGAGGAUCACAUAAUCCGCGAUGAUCCUAUCGGUGGGAUAGCAGUGGAAGUCAACAAGCUGGUUCUCCGAGGUCUGAGGAGGCAUCACUCUGCCCGCUAUCGGUGUAGGGCGAGAAACUCGGAGGGAAGCGCUUUGAGUGAACCGCUGACACUGAAUGUUCUGUCAAGGCCAGAAUGCUCAGCCGGCAGCGUGGUGCAGCAGCUUGCUGGAGCCCCAGGAGGCGAAGUCAGGGCUCGGUGCUCGGUCACAGCGCCGUCCAUACACGACGCGGGGCCGCUGAGGUUCUACUGGACCUAUAACGGGACUAAGGAUGUUUUACCAAUACCACCAUCAAACGUGACAGUCAUGGGUGCCAGCAGCACCGUGGUCCAUGGUCUACCUGCAGACACCGGCGAGGACCUCGGCUGGCUGGCCUGCUGGGCCAGCAAUGACGUGGGGAAUCAGCGGGAGCCGUGUUUAUUCAGGAUAAUGCCUGCUGCACUCCCAGAACCCCCAGUGAACUGCGAAUUGGACAACUCCCUCCUUCACUGCGAGCCGGGCCACGAUGGCGGCCUGCCCCAGCGGUUCCUACUCGAGGUCCUCGAGGUACGGCCCUCGGAGCCAAUCACCAAUGAGAUCGCUACGAUGAACGAUCAGGGCAUAUCCGGUCGAGGACUCACAGAAGCGGUCUACAGAGCAAGCAAUGAUGCUCCUCAGUUCGUGCUUGACGCCUUGUCCCCUGGACGCUAUACAUUCCUAGUCUACUCGAAGACGCCCAGGGGACGGUCUCCCAGGCCAGCAGCGUUGCACAGUGUUGCAAUCAAUCCGUCGGAUGACUUGGAUAGGCCUGGUUCUCUUCAAACUAUGACACCAGCACCCCCACCUAUGACAGCUGGCGACAACAGCGUCGCUUUACUGGUCGGUGCAGCACUGAGUCUGAUAUUACUAACCAUUCUGACUACUUUGUGCGUCGCGCUGGUCGUCAUGUGCAAGAAGAAGACGAGGCCUUCGAGGGAUCCUGAGCAGAGUACAAUCCUGCGACGAAGCGUCGGGGUAUCAAUGUACGGAGGAUCCUCAAUAUCUCCCAGCGUGGUGCCAACCGUCGUUGUGAGAGGGCAUCGGGGGUCGCGAGUGCUUGCUGCGAGAUGGUCAGGCGUUUUAGAUGACGCGCCUUUAGCUGUCCUGGCUUUGGAUACCAGAGCUCAUUAUGAUACAGACAGUCAAGGUGAAGAACAUCAGGAGACUGAAUUCACGAAGAGUAUGGACGAUAUGGAAACUCAAACAGAUUCGUAAUCUGAACAAAAAAA